ACGUGUCUUUUUUUACAGCCGGGUAAUCUGGAGCUCAGCCCUGUCUAGAAUUUAUUUUCCUCCUAAAACGGUUGUAUUUCAUCAAUAUACGGAUAUAUUUUGAGGCCUCAAUAUGCCUAUAUUCUCGGAGCUGUAUUUUAAUGUGGAUAAUGGUUACUUGGAAGGGUUGGUCAGGGGUUUUAAGGCUGGAAUUCUUUCACAGGGAGACUAUCUAAAUCUCGUCCAGUGUGAAACCCUGGAAGACCUGAAACUCCAUCUGCAGAGCACGGACUAUGGCAGCUUCCUGGCCAACGAGCCGUCCCCCCUCACCGUGUCCGUCAUCGACGACAAGCUCAAAGAGAAGAUGGUGGUGGAGUUCCGUCACAUGAGAAACCAGUCGUACGAACCGCUGGCAAGCUUCAUGGACUUCAUCACGUACAGCUACAUGAUAGACAAUGUGAUCCUGCUGAUCACGGGCACCCUGCACCAGCGUGCCAUCUCUGAGCUGGUACCUAAGUGCCACCCUCUGGGCAGCUUUGAGCAGAUGGAGGCAGUCAACAUCGCCCAGACCCCAGCAGAACUUUACAACGCCAUCCUGGUCGACACCCCUCUGGCUGCUUUCUUCCAAGACUGCAUAUCUGAGCAGGAUCUGGAUGAGAUGAACAUUGAGAUUAUCCGUAAUACUCUGUAUAAGGCUUAUCUGGAGGCUUUCUACAAGUUCUGCUCCACUCUGGGAGGAACCACUGGUGACACCAUGUGUCCCAUUCUAGAGUUUGAGGCGGACAGGAGGGCCUUCAUCAUCACCAUCAACUCAUUUGGUACGGAACUGUCUAAGGAGGACCGUGCCAAGCUGUUCCCCCACUGUGGCAAGCUGUACCCUGAGGGGCUGGCUCAGCUUGCCCGCGCUGACGACUACGAACAGGUCAAAGCUGUGGCUGACUACUACCCUGAAUACAAGCUCCUGUUUGAGGGAGCAGGCAGCAACCCAGGGGACAAGACACUGGAGGACAGGUUCUUUGAGCAUGAGGUGAAGCUGAACAAGCUGGCGUUCCUGAACCAGUUCCACUUCAGUGUGUUCUAUGCCUACGUCAAGCUGAAGGAGCAGGAAUGCAGGAACAUCGUGUGGAUCGCUGAGUGUAUCGCUCAGAGGCACCGCGCCAAGAUAGACAACUACAUCCCCAUCUUCUGAUCUGAACACACACACCAGUAGCUCCCUACAUUCUGAUCUGAACACACACACACCAGUAACUCCCUACAUUCUGAUCUGACACAAACACCAGUAACUCCCUACAUUCUGAUCUGAACACACACACACACACACACACUAGUACCUCCCUACAUUCUGAUCUGAACACACACACACACACCAGUACCUCCCUACAUUCUGAUCUGAACACACACACCAGUACCUCUCUACAUUCUGAUCUGAACACACACACACACACCAGUACCUCCUUACAUUCUGAUCUGACACACACACACACACUAGUACCUCCUUACAUUCUGAUCUGAACACACACACACACACCAAUACCUCCCUACAUUCUGAUCUGAACACACACACACACACCAAUACCUCCCUACAUUCUGAUCUGAACACACACACACACACCAAUACCUCCCUACAUUCUGAUCUGAACACACACACACACACACACACACACAAUACCUCCCUACAUUCUGAUCUGAACACACACACACACACACACACACACACACACACACACACACACACACACACCAAUACCUCCCUACAUUCUGAUCUGAACACACACACACACACACACACACACAAUACCUCCCUACAUUCUGAUCUGAACACACACACACACACACACACCAAUACCUCCCUACAUUCUGAUCUGAACACACACACACACACACACACCAAUACCUCCCUACAUUCUGAUCUGAACACACACACACACACACACACACACACACACACACUAGUACCUCCUUACAUUCUGAUCUGACACACACACACACCAAUACCUCCCUACAUUCUGAUCUGAACACACACACACACACCAAUACCUCCCUACAUUCUGAUCUGACACACACACACACACACACACACACACACACACACACACACACACCAAUACCUCCCUACAUUCUGAUCUGAACACACACACACACCAGUACCUCCCUACAUUCUGAUCUGAACACACACACACACACUAGUACCUCCCUACAUUCUGAUCUGAACACACACACACACACUAGUACCUCCCUACAUUCUGAUCUGAACACACACACACACACACACACCAGUACCUCUCUACAUUCUGAUCUGAACACACACACACACCAGUACCUCCUUACAUUCUGAUCUGACACACACACACACACACACACCAAUACCUCCCUACAUUCUGAUCUGAACACACACACACACACCAAUACCUCCCUACAUUCUGAUCUGAACACACACACACACACCAAUACCUCCCUACAUUCUGAUCUGAACACACACACACACACACCAAUACCUCCCUACAUUCUGAUCUGAACACACACACACACACACACCAAUACCUCCCUACAUUCUGA